AUGCCGCCCAUCACUGGAGAUCGGGGUGUCCUCGCUCUCCGCUUGGUCCGAUCUGUCGUUUACCAGCAAAGUUCCAAGGAGUCGGCCACCUUGCAGCCGUUUUUCACCCUACAACUGGACAUUCAGUCUGAUAAGAUCCGCACCGUCCAAGACGCACUGGAAAGUCUCGUGGCCAGAGAAUCUGUCCAGGGUUACACCACCAAAACCAAGCAGGAGGUUGAGGUCAGCCGCAGAGUGACCUUGGAGGAGCUGCCGCCGGUCCUCGUGCUGCAUCUCAAACGAUUCGUGUUCGAAAAGACCGGCGGCUGCCAGAAGCUGACGAAGAAUAUUGAAUACCCUGUGGACCUGGAAAUCAGCAAAGAAUUGCUUUCUCCCGGGAUGAGAAGUAAGAUUUUUAAAGGUCAAAAAACCUACAGGCUCUUUGCAGUGGUCUAUCACCAUGGUAACAGCGCAACGGGUGGACACUACACUACAGACGUCUUCCAGAUCGGUCUGAAUGGCUGGUUGCGCAUCGACGACCAGACUGUGAAAGUGAUCAAUCAGUAUCAGGUGGUGAAACAGACUGUAGAGCGCACGGCCUACCUCCUGUAUUACCGCCGCGUAGACCUGCUGUGAACCGCGCCCCCCGCUCUGUGUCUUCUCGUGCGCAAGAUUCCUGCUUCAUCGGACACAAUCCACCACUUUCCGCUUCCUUUUAAUCUUCAACUAUUUUCUUCCUUCUUGGGUGAGCCCCAUUUUUGCUCCUCCCUUUGUCCCUACAGUUUUUUUUUUUUUUGUUUUUUUUUUUGUUCCCCUCCCGAUUUUAGAUUAGUCUAGGAGGAUCAAUUUAUAACCAAGUUUCACUUAGCUUUAGGGACCCCACAAACCCCAAAAAGCCAAUGCAGGGGAUCGGGGUCAGAUGUAGCCAGGAUUGCUGAUUCCCCCCCUCCCCUUUUUGGGAUGCAAACCUUUUCAAGCCUAUGUUACCUGCAAAGGGGAAAAACGUAGCAAAUAAGACUGUUGUCAUCCGCUUAGCAAGAUGUUUCAUAUUUUACCGUUCUCUCCGCUAGGAGCGCCCCCAUCUGGAGGCAAAAGGAUCAAGAGAUAAAGCCACCUCUGGGCGGGUAGGUUCAGUCUGCUGCAGCCGUUCAACCAUAGCAAAAACUGCUGCACUCAUGUGGACCCGGGGGGCCGAGGCGGCGGUUCUUAAUACACAGGAUAGAUUUUUAUUAUUAUUUUUUUUUUUAGUGUCUCGGGUAGAAGUGGCUGUGUCGCCCCUUGGGCACCCACGCGCUUCGCCAAAGACUCAACGCACCAGCAUUACUCAGUCUACAUGUGAGAACAGUACGGCCCUUCCUGCAAGCCUUCACUCCUAGCAAAAAGCCACGCUCUUCGCUUUCCGGAUCACUAAAUCAACAGUUAAAAAAAAAUUAAAAAUUAAAAAAAAAAAGUGUAAAAAAUAUGCACCAAGCUGCCAGAUUCUCUAGGGUUUCUCGCAUAAAUCAAUAAAAAAAAAAAGUUGAAACUAGGAAAAAUAAUAAUAAUGGCGGAAUGCUAUUUUCAGAGUUGCUGGGUGCCUUGCAAGAGUAAGCCGAAGUAUUAGAGCGUUUUUAACCCCUUCCUUGCUGGGAAAUGUGCCACCAGCACCCUCCUCUCCAGCAGCUGAAGGCUUUAAAAGGCAUAAAUAAGUGACCCCCUGAAUGUGGGCGGUUUGUCCGUCUAGAGGACGAUGCUUGUGAUGAGACGCCCCAGUGCUGAUGCUCGUCUGUGUACAGUGGAGGUCGGAGCCGCUCGGGAUUCCAGGCAGUCUGCUUCAUUUUGCUGUCUCGCUCUCCUCUAACGUUCCUGAUUGUACACAGUUUAGUGAUAUCUAGGAGUAUAAAGUCUUCGCCCAUCAAUAAAGUUACCACGUUGGUUUAAGA